UUUUUCACAAGGGUAAAAUAGAGAAUUUGGAAAUGCUGUUGUGGAUGGAAAGAAAUAGAGCCUCAAUUCUCUGAAGACUGAAUCUCAAUCCAGUUCGAUCAUUAGUCUUCAUAGCAGCCUCGUUCUGGUUAAAUAAAGAAGUGAAAUGGCUGGUCCUAGGAUUGCUCAUGCUACCUUGAAGGGACCAAGUGUUGUAAAGGAGAUAAUUAUUGGAAUAACACUUGGCUUAUGUGCUGGUGGACUUUGGAAGAUGCAUCACUGGAAUGAGCAGAGGAAAGCCAGAGCAUUCUAUGACAUGCUUGAGAAAGGUGAAAUCAGUGUUGUUGCAGAAGAAUAAAAGUUUGUCUCCUGAAAUUGUGUAAAGCUUCGGCAGUAUUGUGAUCUUUGUGUUCCCUUCAUUUGGCUCUUAGAUUCAAGAUGAGCAAACUCAGUUUGGAGUUUUAAGAAUAAUUUUAUUGUGUCGAGAUCUUGAUCACAUAUUUACUUAACAAAUCCAAGCGUCUCUUGAUUCUUUUGAGGUUUCUGUUGCAUCUCUUUGAUAUGCUGUUUAUACUUCAAAUAUUUAUUAUGGUAAAUGCAACUUUCUCUUCCAGGCGAGCAAGUUGGCUGGUCCUGGCCUCUGUACACACCGUACGGAGUUUCAGCCUACAUGUCAUUAACGUUGUAAAAGAA